AUGCAGACGCAGGAAACACAGAUGGGCCACAUAUCGCAACCCAAGAUGCAAGCUUCCUCGAGCCGGAUUUUGUACGACAUUCCGUGCAAGGUGUGCCGCGAUCAUUCGUCCGGCAAACACUACGGGAUUUUCGCGUGCGAUGGAUGCGCCGGCUUCUUCAAGAGAUCGAUACGCCGCAAUCGACAAUACGUUUGCAAAGCUAAAUCCGAGGGUGGCUGCAUGGUCGACAAAACGCAUCGCAAUCAGUGCAGGGCCUGCCGACUCGCAAAGUGCAUUCAGGCUGGCAUGAACAAGGAUGCUGUCCAGCACGAACGAGGACCACGAAAUUCCACGCUGCGCAGGCAAAUGGCACUUUACUUCAAAGAGCCAGAAAUAAUGGCGCGCAUGGGACCACCCCCGGCCGGAGUUCUUGAUCUUGCGAUGCCCAAACCACCCAGCGAGCCGAGAGUCUCCGUGGCUGCUCCAACACCUCAUCACCCCAUUCCUCAUCCGGUUUACUGCAACAGUAUUGGCAUGACUAAGAUUGCAUCGAACGUGUCAGGAAUGCCGACGAUUCCGUUGAUGCAAACGAUAAGUGCGGAGUCCGUGUGCGAGCAGGCUGCACGUUUGUUAUUUUUGAACGUCCGUUGGGCCCGAGACUUGGCAGCUGGUACGGGUUUAGCGAUGGAGGAUCAAUUAACGUUGCUCGAGACGUCGUGGCGAGAAUUAUUUUUGUUGGCAGCCGCUCAGAUGUUGCCGAGUCUGGAUCCGUCGGCGCUCUUGCCACCGGGUCCGCAAGGUUUGCCACUAGCGAUUGAGGUAAAUCGUUUUCGCGAGACACUCACCGGUUUUCACUCGAUGAAUCUCGACCCCCACGAGUUCGCUUGUUUGCGAGCAAUCGUCUUGUUCAAAGCGGGCCUCGACUCGGAAGUCGUGCCGAGCAGUCGCAGCAGCAGCGGUUCCAUUUCCCCGAGCGGUCCGACGAAUCGUCUCCGAGAUCCGGUGUCCGUGGCCCGAUUACGUGACGGCGCGCAGUUGGCGCUCGGCCAAAGACUCAGCGGAGCUUCCUUCGGCGCUCUGAGAUUCGGCAAACUUUUGUUACUUCUGCCAACUCUGCGCUCCGUAUCGACUCACGCGAUCGAAGAAUUAUUCUUCAGGAGAACCAUCGGGGUCAUACCGAUCGAAAGAAUUAUUUGCGACAUGUACAAAUCUGCUUAAGGAUUUAAGAGUGAAAAAUACCUCGACGUAGCCCGACUGGAGGGACGGAGAAAGGCAAUUGAGGCCCGAAAGAAAUAGUUUUAUUUCACUUUUACUUUUGGAACAGACGGGAUCGAGAAAAUCUUUGUAAUAUCAAGUGCAAAAUUUCUUCAAAAAGCAUCAUUGCCAAUUCCAUAUUCUUUACGAAUGUACGACUCGUGUUCAAGCCCUCAAAAAAGAUCCUCGUUUUCUUUUUUCAACCAUCGAACGUCGACGGAUAUGCAAAAAGAGAAGAUUCAACAUUCCUCUCAACUGUGGACAAUCGAUAAAAAAAAAGCACAUCAGUUCCCCUGGCGCAACAACUCACAGGGAGCAAAAUCGAGACGCAGCCAGAGAAGAAAUAAUUGCAAUCGUAAAUUUACACUCACGUACCUCUAGAUUUAGCAUCGUUAGAAUUAGACAAAUAAAACUUGAUACCUUCGAAAAUAGAAGCGUUAUCGAGAACUGUGAUGUUUAACAUAUCACGAAGCAUAAGAAGGUCGUACACGCCACGAGAGAUUGUGUUUGUUGGCCUUUCGUAAAAGUAUUCGAUAUUUUUCUAUUAAUAUAUAUAUAUAUAUAUAUACACACACAUAUAUAUAUGUAAAGAUAAAAUAUAUAUAAAUCAAAGAGGACGAUAUUUAAGCGAAAGUGUGCACGAGGUGCUCGCCAAUGCAAUAUAAACGAUAUAUUAGAGACAUUUUAAGAGAUCGUUCGAAGCUCUUUCAUAAAAUAAAUAAAAACUACGGUCGUCGAUGUUCUUUUCGAUCAGGUCAAAACGCCAUUCGAAAACACAAGCGCUAGAAAUCUGUGCCACUUGGAUGUUUCAUCGAAUACGCUACGAUAUACGAUGUAAAUAUGUGAAUAACGUUAAAACUAAAAUAAGGUUUUGGUUUAAGUCAUUAGAUCAUCAUUAUUACUAUUAUUUUAUUUUAUUAUUUUAUUAUUAAUAUUAUUAUUUUGUCAUUAUUAUAACGAAUAUUAUCACUAUCAGA